GGCCCCGCCUCCGCGGCCGUGGCCGGGGCCAUUAGGCCCCCCGCUGACCCCGCCUGGGACUGCCGCUCGGGCUUGCCUUCUGGGCCCCGGGCCGCCUCCCGCGAGCGAGCCCUGCUCCCCAGGGCCCGAGGGAAUGGGGGCGAGACCGGCACCGUGACGCGGGAGAAUCCGGAUGUGUGAGCCCGAGGAGUGCAGCCAGAGUGGCGGCCAGUUUCCAGCGAAUCGGUGCCGAGUGUGGACCUAGUGUCGCCGGCGGGCCGGGGAGGGGGAUGCCGCCGAGCCCCUGGCUUCGGAGCCCUCAGCCCCGGCCGUGUGGACGGCUGGUGACAGCGUAAACAGAUGAGAGGACGGAUCGUUCUAGCGCGCGCUAAGUUGCUGGGAAGACAACAUGAAGGAAGUGGGUAGGGAUGGAUCCGGCUGGGAUGGCGGUCGGGAGUGAGGGGGUUCGACGCGAUUUGACCAGCCGCCAGGGCUUUCUAGGCCCAGAAAAUGGCAGGAUCCUGAGACCGGGCCCGGCCUGGCGUUUGCAGAGCAGGAAAGAGACCAGCGUGGCCAGAGCGUGGAUGUGGUCCAGCCUGAACGAGUGGCUGUGGCAGGACAAGUUCUGGUUGCCUCCCAACAACUCAUGGGCAGAGCUCGAGGACCAGGAUGGUGUGAUCUACGCCCACCCUCGGGACCUGCUGGCAGCUCUGCCCCUGGCGCUGGCCUUGGUGGUCACACGUGUCACCUUCGAGAGAUUCAUCGCCCUGCCCCUUGGCCGGUGGCUGGGGGUGCGGGAUCAGGCCAGGAGGCCGGUGGUGCCCAAUGCCACACUGGAGGAACACUUCCGCCUGCAAGGACAGAAACCCAAGGAGCCCCAGCUGGCCCUCCUGGCUGCCCAGUGUGGUUUCACGCUGCAGCAGACCCAGCGCUGGUUCCGGAACCGUCGCAACCAGGAUCGGCCUUGCCUGACCAAGAAGUUUUCUGAAGCCAGCUGGAGGUUUUUAUUCUAUCUGUGCUCUUUCUUCGGUGGCUUAGCAGUCCUGUAUCACGAGUCAUGGCUGUGGACACCAUCAAUGUGCUGGGACAAUUACCCCAAACAGCCCCUGAAGCCAACGUUGUACUGGUGGUACCUCCUGGAACUGAGUUUCUACGUCUCACUGCUGAUCACGCUGCCCUUUGACAUCAAACGCAAGGAUUUCAAGGAGCAGGUGCUGCACCACUUCGUGACCAUCAUCCUCAUCACCUUCUCCUACAGCACCAACCUGCUGCGCAUCGGGUCUCUGGUGCUGCUUCUGCACGACGCCUCCGACUACCUGCUGGAGGCCGGUAAGAUGUUCAACUACGCACGCCGGCCAGUGUGUGACAUUCUCUUCCUCAUCUUCUCCCUCGUCUUCUUCUACACCCGCCUGGUGCUCUUCCCCACCCAGAUCCUCUACACCACGUACUACGAGUCCAUUAUCGACAGAGGCCCCUUCUUUGGCUACUACUUCUUCAAUGCACUCUUGAUGCUGCUGCAGCUGCUGCACGUCUUCUGGUCUUACCUCAUCCUGCGUAUGCUCUGCAACUUCAUGAAGAAGGGCCAGAUGGAGAAGGACGUCCGUAGUGAUGUGGAAGAGCUGGACUCGAGCGAGGAGGAGGCCACCAAGGAGCAUCUGCAGCUGAGGAAUGGGGCAGCUCGCGGGCCUGGGGAAGCCUCCACUGAGGGCCCCCGGAGCCGGGCAGCCGGGCGGCUGGCCAACGGGCACACGCUGGCCACAUAGCCAGCUGAAGCUAGCUGGAAAGGGCUGCCCCCCAAGCCCAGUGGCUUGGAUUCAUGGGAUGGUCCUUGGGCCAGCUCUGUGGAGACAGGGAGAGCCCCAACCCAAGAGGGAGGGCUGAUGAUCUGUCUCCAGCCCCCUCCUCCUCCCCACCCUCGCUCCCUCUGGGCAACUGGACAGAGCUACUUCCAGGCUACAGCCUGGGGACUGUGGGGAGCCCCAUCCUGCAGGGGCCCAAUAAAACUUGAGUGGAGCCGAA